CCCAGCGCAGGCGUCCCAGGACGCGCGAAAUUUCCAAACCGGCGGCGCGGCGCGAGGCGAGCCCAGCGGCCACGGGGGGGAGGGGAUGGCCCAACAUACUGCUGUCCCUAAAUUGAGCUUUCAGUAUUGGCUGGAUAAAGCUGUUGAGUGGGGUCAAACUACCACUUUGGAAUCCCAGCAAGAUGUCUGCCUUCAGUUGCCUAAAUUACAGGAGUUUCUACAGCAGAUUUAUGAAUCCUUGAAACAUAUGAAUUCCACUACUGCACUUCAGAGGUUCCCUUUAAUUGGUCAAUUACUAGGAAGACUUUGUUGGAAUCCCUUUGUUGUUGGAUAUGAUGAGAGCCAGAAAACUCUAAUGUGGUGCUUAUGUUAUCUGUACAGCAAUGAACCACAGAACCCUGUGGAAUUGAAGGCUAACAGCUGGAUACUGAGUUUGCUGUGCCAUCUCCUUUCUUCGUCUGAAUGGGGAGCUAACAAAGUUGGUACUGGUACCUUUAUUUCUGCUCUUGGCUACACGUCUGCAGAUUACUAUUCUAAACUGGUUAAAAAUAUAGUCUUAUCAUUAGUGACAGAACUCAAAGGAAAUCAGUUUAAUGGACUUAAUGUUCAAGGGAGAGUUUCAGAUGAUCGUGUAAAUGUAGUGUCCCUUUUCUGCGUCCCUCUUAUCACUUUGCCUGAUGUAACUCCUCUGCUGGAAGCGCUCCUUACCUAUCAUGGAGGUGGAUCGCAAGAGGUUCUCAGCUCAGAGUUUUUAGAAGCUGUGAAUGAGACAUUUUUGAAGAAGAAGAUUGCCCUCUCUGAAUCAGCUAUCCUAAGCUUGUGGCUUCGUCAUCUGCCUAGCCUUGAAAAAGCAACACUGCAUCUUUUUGCAAGGUUGAUUUCCACUCAGACAAGUUCACUGGAAGAGGUAGCAUGUAUCAUAAAAGAGUCAUUACUGCCACAAGCAGCAUGCCACCCUCCCAUCUUCAGAAUUGUUGAUGAAAUUUUCAAGAAUGCACUAAUGGAAACCGGUGGAACGCCAGAAGUAAUGACCAUAAUACAGGUGUUUACACAGUGUUUUAUUCAAGCUCACCAGAAGGAUAACAAACAGCAUAAAUUUCCUCUGAAGGCCUACUUUCCUCAUCAGCAGCAGCAUCUUGUAAUAGCCUUACUCAAACAUCCUUUUGAUUUGCCAGCUACACUCUGGUCUCAGCACCUGAAAUACAUUACUGACAUGCUUAAAGCAAUAAUAGAAGAUAAAAGCAUUAGAUCUUACACUGACCUCUUUGAGAGCUGGUUUUUGUUUGUUCAUUUUGGAGAAUGGGCUGAUAUCGCUGUAGAGCAGUUGCUGAAGUCCGAAGAUGAAUCCUCAGAUACUCUUCUGUGGCUGCUGGCAUUUUACUACAAUCCACACAGUGAUAAAGAGCAGAGGACUCAAAUUCUGGUAGAAGCUCGAGCAGUGUAUGAUCGUCUGAUGAUGCUCUUCAGUUGUACAACCCUCUCCAUCACAGAUCUGCAGGCUGCAGCUAGCACUAAAACAGAUAAAAGGCAACCUUGCACCAAACACCUUGUCAGGCAUCUUCUGAUUAGUUUUCUGCUCUUUUCUUCUGGUGGACACAAGAUUGCCCAAGAGUUUAUUUCUCAUGUGAUACUGGCAAGCAAUACAACUAAUGAAGUUUUUGGCCUUCUUAUACGUACUGCCUACAGGUUUAACCAACUUGGAAUAAAAAACGAAAGGAUUGUGAAGCUUGUGAAUGAACUUCUUCAAGAAUUAAGCUGGUGGCAGGGAAAGCUGCAGUUCAUAUGACAUCACAAUCAGAUCCUCUUAAGACCUGGGUAAGACCCUCCAGCUAUUUCCAGUAUCAAAUGCAAGCAGGAAAAAACAGGUUCUUUGAGAGGGAAAACUUGAAACAACACUUAUAUAUCAAGAACCAAGGAAAGGUCAAAACACUUUUAGUUUACAAUUGACUUUUAUUAUUAUUGGAUGCAGACUUUCCAGGACUGAUGAUUGAUUCGUGUUUAUCCUCUGAGUGCCUUAUUCAACUCUGAGUUAUUUCCCCUUACGCAAUGAAAGCACUAAGAAUGAGUAUUUGUUACUUGUUCUCAGAAAACCUGUGAAAUGGGGCAUAGCUCUUUUAUGAAUAGGAUCCCUUAGUCACUACCUCUGUGGGGGAAGCUAUAUUAGAAGCCAUUGCAGUAACUCAGCAUGCUAUUAGACAGCUUCCUAAUUCUUAUUGCAUUUAAAAGACAGACUCUGAAUUGCUGACUGAAUAUAACCCAGGUAAUUAAAAAUGUGUUUCUGAAUUUUGGUGUGGUACAGAGAAUGUAGGGGAAAGAGGAGCUAUGCUCCAUUGUAUUGGAGCACACUACUAGAUCAGUUACCAGCAGAGCACUGUUUAUAGGCUUAGUAUAAGGAGGUUUUUUCUAAUCCCCCCACUGUGUUGAAUUUAUUUCCAUCAGUACUCAUUAACUAACUCAUUUUUAAGUUAGUUUCUAUUUCUCCUUUACAGUAAAAGACAGAUUAUUUAAGCAUUAUAAAUGUACUAAUGUGCCUAAUUGCUAAGCAAUGGAAAUAAACCACACACGAUUUAUUUU